UAGACUGAAAGGCAUUUCGGAAGAGGGGUUUUCAAACCCUCUCCGGCUCUGUUAAAACCCUACACGCCCAUUUCGCCAUUUGAUUCUCUCGAUCCAAAAAGCCAUUGAAGAGGAGAUUUUCGCUCAUCAAUCGACCUCGCAAGAAGGUUCAUCUGCUGUAUUUUCAACAUCUUUGGAGAUCAAAUGAAGGAGAAAUCAGAUUUCCCCCUUUUCACAUCCAUACUGUUACGAAGCUCAAAUAUCCAGUUCUUUGAUUGAUUGAAUAUCUUCUCGAUCUUGAUAGUGCAGGUGAUACUAUCACUUACAUGGCAACUUCUACCCAGAACGAGUAUUCUGCAUUUGAAGAUAAGGUGAGGAGGACGGUUUUUCUCGACAACCUUUCUCCGCAAGUCACACUAUCUGUCUUGAAAACAGCCCUUGGGCAGUUUGGGAAUGUGGUCAGCACCCAGUUCAUUCCAAACUACACCGAGUCGAGGUGUAUACCACAAUGUGCGUUGGUGGAGAUGGAGACUGUGAAGCAAGCUAAAUCUAUCAUUGCGGAGAUGACGAUGUUCCCAUUUAUGAUGUCGGGAAUGCCCCGACCAAUUAGAGCUCGGCCAGCGGAGGUUGAGAUGUUCAGCGAUCGCCCUGCACGACCCAGCAGAAGGAUAGAGUGUCGUUGGGUGGAGACCAGCAAUCCGGACUGUGAGGUCGGAAAGAAAUUUAAGAAUCUUACUCAGAAGCAUGCCACAGAAGCUUCGUUGCUGCUUAAGUAUCAACUUGAACAGGAGGAGAAGCUUGCAACGCAACAGAGGGAAGUGUUGAAAGGACACUACAAGAAGUACGACAUGCUGAACGGCCUCUCAGCUGACAGAACUCUCAACCGGUUGGCACAGCAUUACCAUGUCAAUGUCAUAGAUGACUGAAGACUCCGACUUGGAUCUCUCCCUCUCUUGGAACGGUAAUGAUACUAUUCUGUUUGUAUGAAUGAAAAAUGUUUUGUAAGAUUUGCAUCAUGGUUCGGUUUGUAUAUAAAUUUCUCGGAGAACAAUCGGGAUAUUUCCAGGCUGCA